AUGGUGAAGCGUAGCGACGCGAAGAGGAAGCCCUCCCUCAGCCAGAACCUCACCCACUUCCACGUGGUUGGCAGGGCGGCGCCUUCAAAGAAGAACCCCAACCCUCUGAUUUACCGUAUGAACAUUUUCGCGAAGAACUCCGUGCUCGCGAAGGGUCGUUUCUGGUACUUUAUGCGCAAGCUGCAGAAGGCUAAGCGUUCCGGCGGCGAGAUUCUGGCCUGCAACGUGCUCCUGGAGCCGAAGCCCACGACGGUGAAGAAUUACGGUGUGUUGUUGCGCUACGAGUGCCGCACCGGAAUCCACAACAUGUACAAGGAGUACCGCGACACCAGCCUGACGGGCGCCAUUUCGCAGAUGUACGGUGAGAUGGCCGGUCGUGACAAGGCGCGUGCCAGCUGCAUCCAGAUCAUCCGCGCCCGCGAGAUCGCCGAGUCCGACUGCCGCAAGGUUCGCACCACCCAGCUUCACAACACCAAGCUCAAGUUCCCCAUUUUGAGGCCACAGUCGUUCGUGAACAAGGCCGACCGGGAGACGUUCGCGGACCACAGACCAUCGCUUUCUCUCUGA